UGGAAUUUAUUAAAACUGCAUUAUUGCCUCAUAGGGAGUGUACCAUCUUUAGCUGCUGGGCUGGCAUUUGGUGGCAUUUCUGCACUUGGUGCUUACCAGACCUCCUCAAAUCCAAGAAAUGUUUGGGUCAUGCUCGUGACAUCAGUGGUCCUGUCUGGAGUGAUGGGAUCAAGAUUUGCAAGAUCAGGAAAGUUCAUGCCAGCUGGGUUGGUGGCAACUUUGAGUGUUGCUCAAGCUGUGCGCAUGUCUUACCGUCUGAUGCAGAACUGAUAACAAGAUUCUAAACAGCUUUGUUUCCAACUCAGUGUCAUGCAUUAUCUACCCUGUAAUGUAGCUAGGUUUUGUUAGUGAUAUUCCAUAUUCAUCUAGACUGAAUAUUGAAAUGUAAAAUCAAGGUGCUGUAAUGUUAAAGACGUAUUCAUGCUACAUUAUUGCUGGUUUUUAACUAUCCAGUUUAGUAAGUCUUCUAUGUAAAAACCCUCCCCUUUCCUCUUUUAGACUCUGUUGUAUAUCAUGGAGAUGCAAAGGUGUAAGAAACACAAGAAUCUGUCAGCAUUUUUUUUCAAUAAAGGAAUGUUUACAGCA